AUGGCACCAGGAGCACUCAUUGACGAGCCGGUCAACACCGCCGCCGCCAUCCGGUCCAAGAACCACGAUGCCCCAAGAGACAUUUUCCCAGAUGGCAUAAGGACAUCUGGUCAACAUCCGCCUGUAUACGACCAGCUGAAGCCAUACUCGGAAUUCCCCAAGAAGAUCACUGGCCCGACCCUGUGGCGGAAGGAGGACUACGUCAACAGCCCAGAGAAAUGGAUCCACCCUUUCACGGACGAGGAGAUCCAGGAACUGAGUGACACUGCCGACCGGUUCAUCGAAUCUGGGACGCCUUUGACAGGCAUCACCAAAGAAAACUUUCCACUCCCCAGACUAGGCAAGGUCCUCCAAGCCCUGCGGGAAGACCUCCUGAACGGCAAGGGCUUCAUCCUCUUCAAACGCUUCCCGGCCGGCGAGUGGGGCCCGCACAAGAACGCCGUGGCGUACAUGGGCUUAGGUACCUACAUCGGCUACUUCAUCUCGCAGAACGGCCGCGGCCACGUGCUGGGCCACGUCAAGGACGUGGGCGACGACCCGACGCAGAUCGACCGGGUGCGCAUCUACCGUACGACGGCCCGACAGUUCUUCCACGCGGACCCAGGUGACAUCGUGGGACUGCUGUGCGUGCACCGGGCGCAGGAGGGCGGCGAGAGCGACAUCGUCUCCAUCCACAACGUGUGGAACACCCUGCAGGAGGAGCACCCGGAUGUCGCGGAGCUGCUGACACAGCCCGUGUGGUACUUUGACCGCAAGGGCGAGGUCAGCGAGGGCGAGGAGGAGUGGAUCCGCACGUCUGUCUUCUAUCUCGAGCCCCGGGGCAAAGGCCGUGUGUACUGCAAGUGGGACCCGUACUUUGUCAAGUCUCUCACUCGGUUCUCUGACAAGGGCAUCAUCCCGCCCCUGAGCGAGGCGCAAUGGAGGGCCCUGACCAUCCUUGAGGAGACGUGCCAGAGGCUUGCGCUGCACAUGGUCCUUGAGGUUGGCGACAUCCAGUUUGUCAGCGACGCGCAUCUUUUGCACGCCCGGACGGCCUACAAAGACUUCCCACCACCGCACCCUCGGCGUCACUUGCUUCGGCUGUGGCUUGCAACCCCAGAGUCUGAGGGUGGAUGGGCGCUGCCUUUCCACGACAGCGAUGAGAAGAAGCGCGGUGGAAUCCAGGUCAACAACAAGCCUCCUAUAUGCCCUCUGGACGCGGAGUAG